GUUGUUUUUAAAUCUGAAUUUUUGACAGGGCUUCAAGAAUGUCAUCAAAAAAGCCCCAAGAUCUCCAACAGAUGGUGGACAGCAGUCAAAAAGAUCUGAAUCAGAUGCAGACGAAUCUAGAGAAGCUGCGGAACCUCUCCCACGAUGACAAAACAGAGAAUGCGAUGUUAAGAUCCCGCAUUGACGAACAAUCGCAGCUGAUUAUGAUCCUGAAAAACCGAGCAGAUGAAAAUUUAGUGCGCGUGCAGACGCUGGAGAAAUGCAACAACGAGUUGGAGAAAUUCCGUGAAAGUGCGACGGAGAAAUUAAAACGUGAAAUGAUGCAGUUUAACAUGCUGAGUAAACGAUUCGACGACUUGGCAGGAAAUCACGAAGAAAUGAUCAAGUAUAAAGAUGAGUACAAACGACAGAAUGAGUUUCUUCGGCGGGAAAAUGAACGGAUUUUGGAUGAGAAUAAAAGACUGUUUUCCAAAGCGAUUGAGGAAAAAGAUGCCAAAAUAUCCGAGAUGGACAAGAGGAUCAUGAGAUUACGGGAUCAGUACAACGGGGUGGAUACAAAAUAUAGGGUGCUUGAGGAGGAUAUGAGGGUUAAAGACGAAAGAUACAGAACAGAGCUGAAGUCGUUACAGAGCAAACUAAAAGAUACGGAGGAGAGACUGAAAGGUACGACGGCCAAAUUGAACGCAGAAAUGGACAAGAAACAAAACUCGGAUUUCGAAUCUGCAGCAAAGUAUCGACAGCUGAUGAAGGAGAAAGACGAGCUGCUGACGCUUGCAAUGCAUCGUGGGAAACUGAUCCAGGAUAAGCAGACGGAGAACAAGAAGCUUGAGAUGAAGAUUGAAGAAAUGGAGAGAAUGGUACGGAGAAUGGAGGAAAAGUUUGAGAAAGAAGCCGAGGCUGUUAACACAAACCUCACGGUGCGGAGAUUGAAGACAGACGUUGAAGAAGCAGACAAAAAGUACAGUGAGAUCGUGCGGGAGUUUAGCGCGUUCAAGAAGCAUUCCAAUUCCCUGCUACAGAAAGAGAAAGAUCUGAAUGCGAAGCUGCGGCACUUGGUCGGAUGAGGUGGCCCACGAUGCUACGAAUUCAAGAUUUGCCAAACCACUCUGGACUCUCACAGAGUAGUAUUGCCCAAUUGCCUUGCUUCAUUGAUGUGACUUCACGUCCAUUGAGAACCGUCCAACAGGUCAAAAGUAAUACAGUGGAACCUCCCUUAGCAGACACCUCUCUAUCAAGGACAACCUCUCUAUUAAGGACAAUAGUUUUGGUCCCAAAUUGGCUGUUUCCAUUCAAUUUGACCUCUCUAAUCAGGACACCUCUCUAUUAAGGACAACAUUUGUCAGUCCCGAGGGUGUCCUUAAUAGAGAGGUUCUACUGUAUUAGAGUAUGAUAUAUUUUUUAGUAUUAUUUGGGAACAAUGACAUAGGUCUUCUCAUAAAACCACCAAUCAUAAAGACAUUAACUCUUUUCAACUACUUUUGAAAUUCUUCCAAUGCCAUAUUUGGCUUCAGACAUUCCAUGAUGUGUUUGUUUCGUACAUUUAUUUGUUGUGCUUUGUAUAAAGAAUAAGAUUGACAGAAACACUAGUUUGAUUGAUAGAUGAUUGGUGCUAUGGAAAUGAGAAGGGGCCGUCCAUGAAGUUUAUAUGCACCGAGGGGGUUAAGUGCCUAAGUGUAUUAACUGGGUACGGGUAGGCGGUCUGUCCCAAAGAGUACGUUCACAACCAAAGCGGUCCUCUGUCUAGUUGUAACAUUGCAUUCAGAGAGAUUAGAGCCAAGACUAUGAUAUGUAAGACGUUUGUAGAAACUUGCCCCUGUCGUCUGCACACGUUGAAAGUAUUUUAAACUGUACUAGUGUAUAUUCCGUCCAUGAAAUAAAUUUGUUAAGGAAAUA